UCUGGCGAGGACGCAUUUUCUUGUAAAGUCAUGGAGAUUUUAGAUCUGAUUCUCCAGACCUCCAGCUCUGUCUCCCUGUGGGGGGCUCUGGUGGUCCUGUUCAUCGUCUACCUCGUCUCAUCCUCCAGCUUCAGCUCCCAGAAGGACAGGAAGGGACCUCCGGGACCAAGACCACUUCCCCUCCUGGGGAACCUGCUGCAGCUGGACCUCAAGAGGCCUUACGACACCCUAGUGAAGCUUUCCAAGACAUAUGGAUCGGUGUUCACCGUCUACAUGGGACCCAAAAAAGUGGUCGUCCUGGCUGGAUACAAGACGGUGAAGGAGGCGCUGGUUAAUCGUGCUGAUGAGUUCGGGGAAAGAUUCGCAUUUAAAAUCAUAGAUGACUACAACGAAGGACAUGGGGUUUUAUGGUCCAACGGGGACUCGUGGAAAGAGAUGCGUCGCUUUGCUUUGACCAACCUGAGAGACUUUGGGAUGGGCAAGAAGGCGAGCGAGGACAAGAUCAUUGAUGAGUGUGAGCAGCUCAUCGAAGUGUUUAAGAAAUAUAAAGGAGAAGCUUUUGAUUUGACAAAACCAAUGAACUGCGCAGUCUCCAAUAUAAUCUGCUCCAUUAUUUACGGAAGCAGAUUUGAAUACAAUGACCCAGAGUUCACGUCCCUGGUGGAUCGAACCAACAAAAAUAUUCAACUUGUGGGCUCCCCGUCAAUACAGUGGUACAACCUGUUCCCGUGGCUCGGUAAAUGGAUCCCCAACAGGAAGGAAUUGCAUACGUCGUUUAUGGCCAACAAGAAGCAGAACUUACGGUUGUUCAGUGGUUUGAAGGAGACCCUCAACCCACAGAUGUGCCGAGGCUUCGUGGACUCGUUUCUCGCCCGGCAGCAAACUCUGGAGGAAUCUGGGAAUACCAACAGUCACUUCCAUCAAGAAAACCUGUUGGCGACGGUUCUGAAUCUCUUUGCCGCUGGCACUGAGACAACGUCAACCACACUGAGAUGGGGACUUCUGUUCAUGGCCAAGUAUCCAAAAAUACAGGACCGGGUCCAGGAGGAGCUGAGCAGGGUGAUCGGAGGGCGCCAGUCAAAGAUGGAGGACAGGAAGAACCUGCCUUACACCGACGCCGUCAUCCACGAGACGCAGAGAUUGGGCAACAUCGUCCCCAUGUCGCUUCCUCACCAGACGAGCCAAGACGUCACUUUCCAGGGUCACUUCAUUGAGAAGGGCACCACGGUGUAUCCGCUCUUGACGUCCGUCCUGUCUGAUGAGAGUGAGUGGGCGGAGCCUCACAGCUUUCAUCCCGCUCACUUCCUGGACAAAGACGGGAAGUUUCUCAAGCGAGACGCAUUCAUGCCUUUUUCUGCAGGACGCAGAGCUUGUCUCGGAGAGAGCCUGGCUAAGGUGGAGCUCUUCAUCUUCUUCACCACCCUGAUGCAGCAGUUCCGCUUCACUGCGCCCCCUGGAGUCUCGGAGGAGGAACUGGACCUGACUCCAUGCGUGGGCUUCACUCGCGGCCCUUCACCCCAUAAACUGUGUGCGGUCGCCUGCAUGUGAGCAGCCGCCUGCCCGAGUCCGGAGAAUACGUGCAAUAUCAACUAUGUAAUACGAUGCAGAUCAGAUGAAGUACACUCGUUUCCAUCGACAUCCAUUUCUCAUGGUUAAUAAUGUGGCUUGAUGGUAGAUUGACAUUCAUAUGAUGCAUAUUUAACAAUCCAGCUGAAAAUCAACAAAACAGAAUCAAAGGCGGUCUUAGAGGUGGAAGACUGGAAGAUUUAAAAAGUAGUUGAACAGUACUGAAAUACAAGUAAUGUCAUUACCACAAAUUAUGUUGAUUUUGUGCCAGAGAACAAUGAUUUUUAAACUGUGACAAAAAUGGCUCUUAUGUAACGAGAUGCAAAAAUAUAAAUGUGAAAAUGUUUAUGGACGCAAUAAACCAGACCUCCGGAUA